AUGGGAGCUGACCAAUCCACACCUCGGGGUGCCAGUCAGGCGGCCACCACCGUCACCCAGCAGAAAACAUGCUAUUAUGAAGUUCUAGGGGUUGAUCGUCAGGUGCCGGACGAAGAAAUUCGGAGGGCCUACAAGAAAAAGGCGUUGGAGCUGCAUCCCGAUCGCAACUACCACGAUACCGAGAACGCGACGCGGAAGUUUGCCGAGCUACAAACAGCAUACGAAAUACUAUCGGACCCCCAGGAACGAGCUUGGUACGAUUCGCAUCGAGAUGCUAUCCUCAGGGGUGAUGACGAAGUGGCUGGGGGUGUGCCUGGCGGACAGGACCCCGGCAAUCACACCUCGGCGAAUGCUGUCUUUGCACUGAUGAGUCGAUUCAAUUCCAGCGUACCGAUGGAUGACAGCCCGCGUGGUUUCUUUGGGAUAUUGAACGUCUUCUUCGAACAGCUUGCCGCAGAAGAAGCUGCAGCCUGCGAGUGGGACGGAACCACCCCCACACACUACCCACCAUUUGGCAAAGCGGAAGACGACUACAACACCGUGGGCAAGUCUUUUUAUAAUGUGUGGUCAAGCUUCUCGACGAGGAAAUCCUUUCAGUGGAAGGAUGUGCACCAUCUUGCGCACGCACCAGACAGGAGGAUCCGUCGCUUGAUGGAAAAGGAGAACAAGAAGCUCCGCGAUGAGGGCAUCAGAGAAUUCAACGAUGCGGUCCUCUCUUUGGUUGCGUUUGUCAAGAAAAGAGAUCCCCGUUAUGUUCCCAACACACAGUCUGAGGCGGAACGGCAGCAGGUCCUUCGCAAUUCCGCGGCAGCCCAGGCGGCCCGGUCGCGAGCAGCGCACCAGGAAAAGAUGGCCGAGUACGUGGUGCCAGACUGGGCGCAGCCGAAAGAACGCCAAGACUACGAGGGCGAGUUUUCCAUGUCGGAAGAAGAGUCCGAGGUUGAGGAGAUCGAAUGCGUGGUGUGCAACAAGACGUUUAGGAGUGAGAAACAGUUCGAGGCUCACGAAAAGAGCAAGAAACAUAUCAAGGCAGUACAGCAGUUGAAAAGACAGAUGAGAAAGGAAAACAUGCACUUCGAUCUAAAUCCUCAAGAUUCACCAGGGGCAUCUACGCCGCAGUCUCCACAGCCAGAGCAGGACGCCCAAGUCAUCCAGAGAGAGAGGGACAUGACCAACACAGCACCGCUGGCCUCUGAGGACGGGAGGAUCGGAGAAGAAAAGCAAGGGCCCGUCGAGCAGGAUGAUGAUCAAGAACAGAGCACACAAUCAUCGUCGAGUCCAGAAGAUGACGAGUAUGCACCACGUUCCACGGUGGAAGAGCGCAUUGUCAACGGGGCAGGAGCCACCAAGAAGGUGUCACAGCCACAAGCAGACGAUAGCGGAGACUUGGCAGAUUCUACAGCUGCGAGCGUUGCCAACCUCACACUCAGCGAACCGGCGCCAGGUAAAAAGGUUGGUAAGGCGAAACUGAAGCGAGAAAAGAAAGCAGCUCGGCAGGCAGAGUCACAAAUCCAGGAUUCGGUAGGUUUCUGUGUAUUGCAAAGCUCAAUAAUGAUAUUCGAUGCUGACUGCUGGGCUUCAGCUACAAUGUGUGGUAUGUAA